AUGGUAUCAAUGCUGUCAAUUUUCAAAAGGAGUCAUUUAAAACAAUCAACAAAUCUAGUUAUCCUAUGCUUCUUCUUAUAUAAAUUAACUGAAACACUCUUACAGUAUGGUACACGUAUUGAAAUUUAUAAAACUGUAUGCAUAGCAUUAACAAAUUUUACAAAACCUAAUGAAAAUUUUUGUUCUGAUGAAAAUUAUGUGAAUGAAAAGCAACAAGAUACAAGAAAUUAUGAAAUGUUAACAAAAGUUCAAAAAGCAUCAGGAAUCUAUUUAUUAAUAUAUCGUAUACUGCUAAAUUUACCAGCGGCUAUUGCAUGCCUUAUUUAUGGUGUUUGUUCAAAUAAAUUUGGUCGUAAAAUCUCUAUGCUUAUACCAUGUUUAGGUGCAACAAUUGCAUGUACACUGUUUAGUGCAAGUCUGUCACCAGAAAUAAAUUUAAUCUAUGGAUCUACAACAUUAAUAUUAAUCGGUGGAACUAUAUAUGGGAUAUGCGGUAAAAGUAGUGCUGUUACUAUGGGUGCUAAUAGUUAUAUUACUGAUAUGAGUAGUACAAGUAAUCGUACACGUAUGCUUGGACGUUUACUUGGUGUAAAUUGUCUUGGUUUAACAAUUGGUACAUUAUUUUUAGCCUUAUUUUUAACUUUUUUAAGUUAUACUGAAAUUAUAAUCUUUUGUAUAGUUAAUAAUUUACUUAUUGUUAUAAUAUUAUUAUUUUUUGUGGCUGAUUCAAGAAAUGAAGAGAAUUCACCUGUAUUAGGUGAACAUUCCUUAUCAUUAACAUCGACUACAUUAUCUAAGAAUGAACAGAUAAUGCAUACAAAUCAAAAUGGAACAAAUUUCAAAACAGGCGGUCAUAAACAUCACCAUGACAAUGUAAAUAAUAGUGCGAAUAAACAAUUAUGUGAAUCUUUAAUAAGCAUAUAUGAACAAUUUAAAUUAUCUUAUAAUUUUAUAUUUAAAAAAUAUCAUAAUGAAAAACGUAAUUUCUUGUUAAUUCUUUUAGGUACUGUAUUAUUUAAUCAAAUGACAAAAUCAGGAGAACAAGACAUAAUUCUUUUGUAUUUACGUAAUAAACCAACAUUAUGGACUAGUCAGUUAUAUGGUUUUUAUAUGGCAUGUUAUUAUGGUUGUAUGUUUUUACACUUAACAUUAUUCUUACCAAUAAUUGAACAUAGGUAUACACCACAUGAUACUACAUUAAUUUUAAUUGGUUUAUCAUUGAAAAUAUUUCGUUUAUUAUUAUUUUCUAUUACAAUGAAUAAAUUUUGGAUAUUUUUUGGUGCAAUAAUAGGUUCAGCUGCUGGCUACAUUACAUCAGCUACACGUUCAUUAAUUAGUAAACUUGUUAAAGGUGAUGAAAUUGGUGCAUCUUUUGCUCUUAUUUCAAUUAUGGAAACAAUUGCUAAUUUAUUUGGUGGAAUGUUAUUCACGCUAGUUUAUAAUUAUACUUUAA